AUUACCGUGUCGCAGUUUCAAUAAGCAACAAUAUGAAAAUGUUCGCUUAUUCAACCGUUGUCCUAGUCCUAGCACUGCAUAGCGCCCAUGGAGGACUCCUUGAAGACCAUGGUGGCAACGAUCUGUCUGGACAUGAGGGAGGCGGUGGUUACGCCGAAGCUGAAGCCUAUGAAGGAGGAGGAGACUAUGGCGGUGGACAUGGCUUGGAAUCAGCAGGCGGUGACAGUGGAUUAGGAAACGGUGGAUGGCAACCCCUCCAUACCGAUGGCGGACACGAAGGUUUUGAUCACCAGGAACCACAAGUUCACGUAGAACACCAUCACAUUCCUACCAAGGAAGUAGUGAAAGAGGAACACUAUCCGGUUCACAUUUUGAAGAAAAUUAAUGUACCGGUACCCCAUCCCGUUGGAGUGCCACAUCCCCAAGUUAUUAAAGUCAAUGUCCCGCAACCGUACGGAGUUCAAGUACCAGUUCCCCAACCUAUUGCCGUACCCAUUUAUAAGUUAGUUCCUCACGAAAUCGAGAAACGGGUACCGAUAACCGUUGAGAAACUUGUGCCGGUUUAUAUACCCAAACCGGUCAAAAUUGAAGUUGAAAAGCAUCACGUAGAAUACAUUAAGAAGCCGUAUCCAGUCCACGUCCCCGUCUACAAACAUAUCUAUCACAAAGGCCACUAAGGAGUGCUACAUGCGCUCAUUCGUCAUUAUUCAUCGUGUCGUGUAUCAUGUUUCAUCUUUUUUUUGACUGCAGAUUUAAUGUAAAUAAUUUAAUUACUUAGCUUUAUAAUUUCUUUUCGCCCCAUUUCCCUGGAUGUAGUUUUGCCUUGCGUCUGUGUUAUUA